AAACAAUUCCUCAUGAAUGGCCGCCUCUCAGAGGCCAAGGAAAUCGAAUUACUCGAAUCAUGGAUCGAAUUCGGCAAACCUGGUUCUGGUUCGAACCCAUUAUCCUUCCCAGUCUUACCGGACAAUGCUCCGAUCGGCCGCACAGGCGAGAAUGUGUUCUCUCAGUACGCCGGGUGCAAGAAAUUCAUCCAAUUGCCUUUGUCACAGAAGACCAAAGAUGGCUUGCGAAAAGCGAAUUACACGAAGAUGACUGAUAUUCAGAUGGCUACGUUGCCACAUUCGCUUUGUGGUCGAGAUGUUCUGGGUGCGGCGAAAACUGGGUCUGGGAAGACACUGGCUUUUAUUAUACCGAUUAUAGAGAAGUUAUAUAGAGCAAGAUGGGGUCCAGAAGAUGGGGUGGGAUGCAUCAUAAUGUCUCCCACAAGGGAAUUAGCAGUUCAACUAUUUGAAGUAUUACAAGCUGUUGGGAAGCACCACACUUUUAGUGCUGGCCUUCUAAUAGGUGGUCGCAAAGAUGUUGAUACUGAGAAGGAGCAUGUAAAUAAUCUGAACAUCUUGGUCUGCACUCCGGGUCGGCUGCUGCAGCAUAUGGAUGAGACCCCAAAUUUUGAUUGUUCACAGCUACAGGUGUUAGUUCUUGAUGAGGCAGAUCGUAUUCUUGAUGUGGGAUUCAAGAAGGCAUUGAAUGCAAUUAUUUCACAGUUACCAAAACAUAGACAAACCUUCCUUUUCUCAGCAACCCAAACAAAAUCGAUUCAAGAUCUUGCAAGGCUAAGUCUGAAAGACCCAGAGUACAUAAGUGUGCAUGAGGAGUCUCCAACUGCAACUCCUAAAGGCUUGCAUCAAACAGCAAUGAUUGUUCCUCUUGACCACAAGUUAGACAUGUUAUGGAGUUUUAUAAAGGCACAUCUGAAUUCAAGGAUUCUUGUAUUUCUUUCAAGCUGCAAACAGGUAAAAUAUGUUUUUGAGUCAUUCAAGAAACUGCGCCCGGGAAUUCCCUUGAUGUGUCUUCACGGAAGGAUGAAGCAAGAGAGACGGAUGGGGAUAUACUCCCAGUUUUGUGAGAAACGUUCAGUUCUAUUCUCGACUGAUGUGGCCUCAAGAGGCCUUGAUUUCAAUAAGGCAGUUGAUUGGGUUGUCCAGGUUGACUGUCCAGAAGAUGUUGCUGCUUACAUACACAGAGUUGGCCGCACUGCUCGCUACCUUUCUGGUGGGAGAUCGGUUUUAUUCCUUACGCCAUCAGAAAUGAAAAUGCUUGAAAAAUUAAAAGAGAAGAAAAUACCCAUUGAUUUUAUCAAGGCAAACACAAAGAGGCUGCAAGCUGUUUCUGGAUUGUUGGCAGCGUUAUUGGUCAAGUACCCCAAUCUGCAGUAUCUGGCUCAAAGGGCAUUUGUCACUUAUUUGAGGUCUAUACAUAAACAGCGGGAUAAGGAGGUUUUUGAUGUGAUGAAACUUCCCAUUGAUGAAUUCUCAGCAUCAUUGGGUCUGCCACUGACCCCCAAAAUUCGUUUUCUUAAAGAAAAAAUUAAGGGCAAAACAGUGUCUGAAGAAUCCUCUCUUUUACCAGAAGAUUCUAAUGAGACUUCGUUAGAGUAUCUAAGAGAAAGGCUUGAUAUUGGCAGAGUAGAGGAAGAUGAAUCUGAAAAAAGCAUUCUUUUAGCACAGGAAACCCAGCAUGGAGAGGAAGGAAAAGCAACAGAGAUUGGAGAUGCUGUGCAUGCAACUAGAAUUUUGAAGAAAAAGAAGCUAAAGAUCAAUGUGCAUAGACCAGUGGGAACAAGGGUUGUUUUUGAUGAGGAAGGCGACACUUUACCCCCACUUGCGAAAAUAGCUGACACGAAGAGUGGUAGUGACUUGGUUAAGGUUGACAAAGACAAAGUAAACCAAAGAUAUGCAGAGAUGAGGGAAGAGUUGAAGCUGGAGGACACCAAGGUAGACAAGGUUCUGGAUCAUCAGCGUCGCAGAGAGAAACGGAUCAAGGAGAAGAUAAAGCGGAAGAGGGCAAUGAAGGAAGAGGAUGAUGAUGAUGAUCUCUCUGGUUCUGAUGGAGAAGGAAAUGGUGAUAGACUCAAUAGACGAUCAAAGAUAUACUUUGACAGUGACACUGAUGACCGCAGUGAAAAGAGAGACAAAGAGAAAGUGGGUCUCAGUGCUGAUUCUAUUUCUCUCGCAGAGCAAGAGGAACUGGCUCUCAAGUUGUUGAAUUCCAUGCACUCGUAAUUUGUCAUCAGUUCUAAAGGGUUCGCUUUCUCGUCUCUGAGUUUUUGCAUCAACAACCAUUAAUUAGUUUUGGUGGAAGAGAAUCUAGCAGUGCAAGUUUUCAGGGCUAAGUCAUUGGAUUGAGCUUGAUUCAAAAUGGUUCUGAUUGCAAUUUUCACUUAGAAUGGAACAAUAGAUGGGUUGAGGAGAGGUGGCAUGGCAGCACCAUAGCUUGAACUUUUGGAGUCAAACAACACAUCGGCUCGUGACCAAGAGAGCGUUGGUAAGGGUAUACAAGUUUUAUUGAGAUAUACAUGCGGCUUUGCUGUGUAAUGUAAAUUUAUUUUGAAAUUCAAUUAAGUAGUGUAAUUUGGCUGAACACGUUAAUUAUAGUUGGCUUGAUCAUUAACCCAUUACCCAUUUCUUUGGAAACGAAAU